UCCUCGCCUCCGGGAGAAAACCGCCACACUCCCCGCCAGCCCGCCCACCAUGGAUCUUGUGGACCACGGCUAUUUGGACGCGCGCUCUCCCUACGACUACACCUUCAAUUUUUGGAACGACUACCUGGGCCUGUCGACACUUGUGGCCCCCAACAAGAUGCGCGGCUCCCCCUGCGGCCCCAACUCCAUCACGGAGUCGCUGAAAGCCACGCUGGGCUUGGACGACUGCGUGACGGCGCCGAGCAGAGCCCGCCAGGACUGCUGCUGCUCCCCGCCACUCUCGCUCUGCGAGCUCCAGGAGCGGAUCUCGCUCCUCCGGCCGUACGGACAACUCGGGGCCGUUGGUAGAGACGCGGCGGCCGCCUGCGGGGGCGGCGGCCUGGCGGGGUUGGAGGCGCUCUCGGCGGAGCGGAGACGCAAGCAGGCCAAGCCGGAGCCCAAAGUGUGCGUGUUCUGUCGGAACAACGGCGCGCCGGAGGAGGUGUACGGCACGCACAUCUUGAAGACGGCGGACGGGAGGGUGUUGUGCCCCAUCCUGCGGGCCUACACCUGCCCGCUGUGCAGCGCCAACGGAGACAACGCGCACACCAUCAAGUACUGCCCGCUGUCCAGGGAGCCGCCGGGCGGACACAGAAUGCUGGCCAGAGGGAGCAGACUGACCGGCAAGAGACUCAAAAUCUUCUGAAGUGACGAGCACGGCGGCGUGCAAGGAUGUCAUGUUUCCAUUUCUUGUCUUGCAUAUGGAUCCAAUCCAGCCUGCACAUUUACAACCACUAGAAACUUCCAAUUGACAUGCUCAGAUAUAAGAGACAUUUUAUUCAGUCAAAUCCAAUCUGAAUGAGGCUUGGAAUUAAGAUAAGUUUCAGUGCUUGCUCAAAGAGGUUCACUAUGUCUUCUUCUUCAUAUUCUUCUUCAAAAUGUUCUUGUAAUCACACCAGAUUUUUGGUGUGUUAGAUGGAAUGUUUACCUGACAUGUUCCGACUGUCUGCAGACAUCUAAUACAGGGUUCCCCAACCUUCUUCCCACCAGG